AAGAGCCCACACCCUCGGCCCGCCCCGGCUCCGGGACCCUCGGCGCCGACGCUAGCCGGACCGUGCCACUGCGCGGGAAGGAGGGGGGCGCCUCUUGUCGGGGCGCUCGGAGCCCGCCGUCUAUGAGGCUGCGGCUCGGCCGAGCGCUGCGGAACACCGUUCGGUGGCUCGGCACCUCGGCAGCGCGGCGGGCUGGCCCGGAGGCGGGGGUGACCCGAAGUGGGGCCGCGAGCGGCUGCGCGCCGCCUCCCCCCGCUGGGAGCGGUGGUUGGGCCCGGCUGCGGCAGAGUGUUCGCUCGGAGAUGGCGGAGCCGCCGCGACGCAGCCCGAGGCCCCGAGAGCAGGGAAGCCGGGCAGCCCCGGGACGUGGCGGAGCCCGGGGACAGCGGGGACGCCGCCCAGUCCGCCGGGUUCGAAGCUAAAAUGCAGUGGUUAAGACCAGGGCUGGAGCCUGACAGGCCUGACGUUGAAUCCCAUUUCCUCCACUGACUGAGCUGUGUGAUCCUGGGCAACUUUUUUUUUCUGGAGAACAAACCAUCCUGUGAGCAGGAGGUAGUGAGGGCAGAGAUUGUGAACUUUGCUGACCUCUGAUGUGAGGAGCUCAGCCAGGACCAAAGGUGGAGCCUGGCUAGAUUUGCAUCCUGAAGCCAUGGGCCAGUGGGCCAUGGUGACCUGAGACCAAUGGACUCUGUCCAGUUGCCCCCUGUUGCCCCUUCUACCUCCCCUAUCCUAUACUAAGGGGACUUGUUUUCCACUUUUUCAGGGAACUGACCCUGCAGGAAUCCCUUUCCCUUCUUUUCAUAUCCUUCUACCCUCCCAAGAGAGCCUCAGCCUAUAGAACUCCUACCUCCCAUCCCCUAAGGUAGUCCCCAUCCCUGCCUCACCUCCCCCGCCAUGCUCAAGCUGUGGAAGGUGGUACGCCCAGCUCGGCAGCUGGAACUGCACCGCCUCAUACUGCUGCUGAUCGCUUUCAGUCUGGGCUCCAUGGGCUUCUUGGCUUACUACGUAUCCACCAGCCCCAAGGCCAAGGAACUAUUGCCCCUGCCCUUGGGAGACUGCAGUAGUGGUGGGGCAGCUGGUCCUGGCCCUGUACGGCCUCCAGUCCCACCCCGGCCCCCCAGGCUGCCAGAGACAGCACAAACUGAACCCGUGGUCCUUGUGUUUGUGGAGAGCGCAUACUCACAGCUGGGGCAGGAGAUUGUGGCCAUCUUGGAGUCCAGCCGUUUUCGUUAUAGCACUGAGCUGGCACCUGGCCGAGGGGACAUGCCCACACUGACUGAUCAUACCCGUGGCCGGUAUGUCUUGGUCAUCUAUGAGAACCUGCUCAAGUAUGUCAACCUGGAUGCCUGGAGUCGGGAACUGCUAGACCGGUACUGUGUGGAGUAUGGUGUGGGCAUCAUUGGCUUUUUCCGAGCCCAUGAGCAUAGCUUACUGAGUGCCCAGCUCAAGGGCUUUCCCCUUUUUCUACAUUCAAACUUGGGGCUCCAGGACUACCAAGUGAAUCCUUCUGCCCCACUACUGCAUCUCACACGCCCCAGCCGCCUGGAGCCGGGUCCACUGCCCGGUGAUGACUGGACCAUCUUCCAAUCCAAUCAUAGCACAUAUGAACCAGUGCUUCUUGCCAGCCUUCGACCAGCUGAGCCCCCGGUGCCAGGACCCUUGCCUCGCCGGGCCCGGCUUCCCACUGUGGUACAGGACUUGGGGCUUCACGAUGGCAUCCAGCGGGUGCUCUUUGGCCAUGGCCUCUCCUUCUGGCUUCACAAACUCAUUUUUGUUGAUGCUGUUGCGUACCUCACUGGCAAGCGCCUCUGCUUGGACCUUGACCGUUACAUCUUGGUAGACAUCGAUGACAUCUUUGUGGGCAAGGAAGGAACCCGCAUGAAGGUGGCUGAUGUUGAGGCUCUGUUGACCACCCAGAAGAAACUCAGGACCUUAGUCCCCAACUUCACCUUCAACUUGGGCUUCUCGGGCAAGUUCUAUCAUACUGGGACAGAGGAGGAGGAUGCGGGGGACGACAUGCUGCUGAAGCACCGCCAAGAGUUCUGGUGGUUCCCCCACAUGUGGAGCCACAUGCAGCCACACCUGUUCCACAAUCGCUCCGUGCUGGCUGACCAGAUGAGGCUCAACAAACAGUUUGCUCUGGAGCAUGGGAUUCCCACGGAUCUGGGGUACGCUGUGGCCCCCCACCACUCCGGCGUGUAUCCCAUCCACACACAGCUCUAUGAGGCCUGGAAAUCCGUGUGGGGCAUCCAGGUGACCAGCACUGAGGAGUAUCCCCAUCUCCGCCCUGCCCGCUACCGCCGUGGCUUCAUUCACAAUGGCAUUAUGGUGCUGCCACGGCAGACGUGUGGCCUCUUCACUCACACGAUCUUCUAUAAUGAGUAUCCCGGAGGCUCUCGCGAACUAGACCGGAGCAUCCGAGGUGGAGAACUCUUUCUGACAGUGCUGCUUAAUCCGAUCAGCAUCUUUAUGACUCAUCUGUCUAAUUAUGGAAAUGAUCGGCUGGGCCUGUACACCUUUGAGAGCCUGGUGCGCUUUCUCCAGUGCUGGACACGGCUGCGCCUACAGACCCUUCCUCCUGUCCCUCUCGCACGGAAGUACUUUGACCUCUUCCCUCAAGAGCGAAGCCCCCUUUGGCAGAAUCCCUGUGACGACAAGAGGCACAAAGAUAUCUGGUCCAAGGAGAAAACCUGUGAUCGGCUCCCCAAGUUCCUCAUUGUGGGACCCCAGAAGACAGGGACCACAGCUAUUCACUUCUUCCUGAGCCUCCACCCAGCUGUGACUAGCAGUUUCCCAAGCCCCAGCACCUUUGAGGAGAUUCAGUUCUUCAGCAGCCCUAAUUACCACAAGGGCAUUGACUGGUACAUGGAUUUCUUCCCUGUCCCUUCUAAUGCCAGCACUGAUUUCCUGUUUGAAAAAAGUGCCACCUACUUUGACUCAGAGGUUGUACCACGUCGGGGGGCUGCCCUUCUGCCACGAGCCAAGAUCAUCACUGUGCUCACCAACCCUGCUGACAGGGCCUACUCCUGGUACCAGCAUCAGCGAGCACAUGGAGACCCAGUUGCUCUGAACUAUACCUUCUACCAGGUGAUUUCAGCCUCCUCCCAUGCCCCUCUGGCACUUCGCUCCCUACAGGACCGUUGUCUUGUCCCUGGCUACUAUUCCACCCAUCUGCAACGCUGGCUGACAUAUUACCCCUCUGGACAGUUGCUGAUUGUGGAUGGGCAAGAACUGCGUACCAACCCAGCUGCCUCAAUGGAGAGCAUCCAGAAGUUCCUGGGUAUCACACCCUUUCUGAACUACACACGGACCCUCAGGUUUGAUGAAGAUAAGGGAUUUUGGUGCCAGGGACUUGAAGGUGGCAAGACUCGUUGUCUAGGCAAGAGCAAAGGCCGGAAGUACCCAGAUAUGGACACUGAGUCCCGCCUUUUCCUUACGGAUUUUUUCCGGAACCAUAAUUUGGAGCUGUCGAAGCUGCUGAGCCGGCUUGGACAGCCAGUGCCCUCGUGGCUUCGGGAAGAACUGCAGCAUUCCAGUCCGGGCUGAUGUAUCAGCCUCCCGUACCAGCAAAAGCCCCCUUCUUCCCUAAGGGGCAAGCCCAGAGCAGGGCCCACAAGGGGGAUUAGAGUGGCCUGGCCCCUCCCCCUUCUACCUCAGUGGCCUCGAGGCCUGGGAUGGCUAAGAAGGGAAGGGCAUCCCUUUCCCAUAGCUCUCGGGUCUAAUAAUGGGGCUUCCCUUGAUACCCCACAAGAUGGUACUAGGCACCUUUGGCCCAUGGUCUUGGAAGGUGGGGGGGAAAUGAGAGGGUCCAGGCAGGGUGAAGAGGAACGUAUUAAUCCAAUGCUUUCCCUCUUUAUCCCCAGCAGUGUAUCUUAUCUGUAGUGGCCGUGGGAGGGACCCCUUACUGUGGGAUCAACCUGUGGCCCGGCCUCUCUAAUGUCAUUCACAUUGAAUGGGGAUGAGGUCAGACGGUGGCUCAUAGAGCUGAAUAUGAGCCCUAGCUGUGGGCUAGAAAUGAGUUUAAUAAACAUCCUUAUUUUUGUGUUU